CGCAGAAGUAGGGUUGUCGCCGGCCAUCAGCAAUCCAAAUGAACUCCUACGGUUUGUAGACAGAAUUAAAACCUGAAUUUAACUGCUUUUCCACAAGAAAUCACAAACACAGAAGAAGCGACAGCCCACCGCCCGUGCCCAGAAACCUGGUCGACUUUUUUUCGAGCCCUGAGUUUUCCUUUGACCAGAACUUUCGUUCGCUGCCCCUGCCUCAGUCAUUGCCGCGCGUCCCAUUCAUUUUGUUGUUGCCUUGGCAGUGCAUAUUAUUAUUAUUUGUGUGUUAUUGUUUACCGUGACUUUUCGUUUCCAAUUCGAUGGUGCACCAGAACACACAGCUCAGCCACAUCCACAUAGCACACUGAAAGAAAACCAAGAAACCCAACCCGACACCGAAACUGAAUAGACGCAAGUACCGAACCAACGAGACCCUUUCCAAAGACAAGUCCAAAAUGGCCAAAAUGUACGGAAAGGGUAAGACUGCGAUCGAGUCGGAGGAGCAGCAGAAGCGACGCUGGCAGAUCGAGCUGGAGUUCGUGCAGUGCCUGUCCAACCCCAACUAUCUCAACUUCCUCGCCCAGCGGGGAUUUUUCAAGGACCAGUCGUUCAUCAACUACCUGAAGUAUCUGCAGUACUGGAAGGAGCCGGAUUAUGCCAAAUACCUCAUGUACCCAAUGUGCCUCUACUUCCUCGACUUGCUUCAGUACGAGCACUUCCGCCGCGAGAUCGUCAAUUCGCAGUGCUGCAAGUUCAUAGACGACCAGGCCAUUCUCCAGUGGCAGCACUACACUCGCAAGCGGAUUAAAUUGAUAGAGAACGUGACGGCCGCCCAGCAGCAGCAACAGCAGCUGCAGCAGCAACAACAACAGCAGGCAAACGGCGUCGAGGCUGCAACGGGAGGCGAGGCAGCGGCAGCCACACCCAACGUGAACGGAGCAGCGGCCACAGCGGACUGCCAACCGACGGCCACUGCACUGCAGCCUGUCCAGGCUCAGGCGGGAAAUCCCCAGCAGCAGCAGCAGCAACAAAUCAAUGGCCUUGCAACAGGGGCCAAUAUCAAACUAGAGUUAAACUAGCGCCGGCAACUAAAAGUUUACGAAUAAAGUAGUUUAAGAACCUGAAA